AUGCCUCGCAAGAGAAAAAGCAAUUUGGGUAGAAAAACAAAUAAUGCCAAGAGACAAAAAUUGUGUGUAUCCACGGAAUCAGUUGAUUAUGAUGAUUCGGACUCUGAUGAUGGUGUACAUAGCAAUAAUGAGUCGACAAUUUUAAGUUCCGUUGUGGUUGAAGAUUAUGCACGACCUUCAACCAGUCGAGAGCGUGUCGCCCUAUUUAGGUCUCAGCAGAAUGAAAAAGAACGUGAAAGCAGGCGAGACACUGAACGUUUAAGAUUUAGCCAAAGAAUACAAAAUGAGACGGAAGAGGAGCGAGAAGCUCGACGGAACAGGGACCGAAUACGGCACGUCCAGAGAAAAGAAAAUGAGACAGAAGAGGAGCGAGAUGCACGUCGGUGCAGCAACCGAAUACAGCAAGUUCAGAAGAGGGGAAACGAGACAGAGGUUGAGCGAGAAGCACGUCGGAACAGUGACCGAAUACUACACGUUCGGGGGAGGGAAAACGAAACAGAGGAGGAGCAAGAAGCACGUCGGGAGAGUGACCGAAUACUACAUGUUCAGAGGAGGGAAAACGAGACAGAUGAGAAGCGAGAAGCACGUCGGAACAGUGACCGAAUAAUACACGUAAGGAAGAGGGAAAAUGAAACAGAGGAGGAGCAAGAAGCACGUCGGGAGAGUGACCGAAAACUACAUGUUCAGAGGAGGGAAAACGAGACAGAUGAGGAGCGAGAAGCACGUCGGAACAGUGACCGAAUACGACACGUACGGAAGAGGGAAAACGAAACAGAGGAGGAGCAAGAAGCACGUCGGAACAAUGACCGAAUAUUACACGUCCAGAGAAGGGAAAACGAAACAGAGGAGGAGCAAGAAGCACGUCGGGAGAGUGACCGAAUACUACAUGUUCAAAGGAGGGAAAACGAGACAGUGGAGGAGGGAGGAGCACGUCGAAACAGUGACCGAAUCCUACACGUUCGCAGGAGGGAAAAUGAAACAAGAGAAGAGAGAGAAAGUAGGCAAGAACGAGAUAGAGUUCGGCAAAACCAACGUAGGAAUAAUGAAACUCCUGAAGAGCGGGAAGCUAGACAUAUAAUCGACAAUGAUAGGUACCGUCGCACUGUUGAAGAGCAAACUCUACUUUUGCAUGACGAGGCGACCCGAGUGGAGGAACUUCGAGCAAGCCAGGACAUUGCUGACAGAAAUGCCCGUGUUGCCGCUGAUUCUGAAAGACAUAGGGUGAACAGAGUCGUUGAGAGCGACGCAGAAAGACAAACUAGGAUCGCGCGGGAAAAAACUCGGCAUGUCGAAAGAAAUUUAACAGAAUGGCGAGACACACACAACAGUGGAUUCCAAUAUGAUCCUUUUACACGUUACAGUGAAGCUGCCAAUAUUGGAGAUUUUGAUAAAGUUUGUAGGUUUUGUCACGCUUUGAGUUGGUCAAAGGAACCACGUGGAAUAUGUUGUGCUUCUGGUAAAGUGUCCAUACCGUCUAUUUUGGAAGCACCUGAGCCGCUACGUACAUGGAUAUCGGACGAAUCACCUCAAUCGCGAAAUUUUCUUAGACAUAUCAGGGCCUACAAUAGUGCGUUCCAAAUGACUUCUUUUGGAGGUAAUGAAAUCCGUGAAGGACCAUAUAUGCCUACAUUUAAGGUUCAAGGACAAGUGUACCAUUUGAUCGGCUCUCUUUUGCCACCCCCUGGACUUCCGCCGUCUUACCUUCAGAUUUACUUUGUUGGGGAUGACCAAGUCCAGCUUCAAAGAAGGCAAAGUUUAUUUCAAGACCUUGAUCAUGACAUGUUGGCCGCUUUGCAAAACAUGCUUCAGAAUAAUAACGCCUACUUGCUCAGCUUCAAAACUACUUUAGAAACAUUUCCUGUAGAUUCACCUGAUUUCAAAAUUGUUAUUAGAGCCGACAGACGCCCUGCAGGGGACCACCCAGGUAGAUACAAUGAACCAACAGUCAAUGAGGUUGCUAUUUUGAUGAUUGGGGAUCCAAGUGACCAUCGAGACAUCAUUUUAAAUUCAAGAGAACAGGGUUUGAAACGAAUAUAUGAAACCCACCGAUCUUAUGAUGCCCUACAAUAUCCCCUUAUGUUUUGUAGAGGCGAAGAUGGAUAUAGUUUCAAUUUAUAUCAUGUAAACCCGGUUACUAAACAACCAACCACAAAGAAAACUAGCUCACGAGAGUUUUACGCCUAUCGCAUUAUGGUUAGAGAAGGUGAAGCAAAUCACAUUCAUAAAUUCAAACAGCUUUUGAACCAGUACUUGGUGGACAUGUACGCUAAAGUUGAGAGUGAAAGGCUGCUGUAUCUUCGUACGCACCAAAAGGAACUGAGAGCAGAGAAUUACAUACACCUUCAAGACGCUUUAAGACGAGACGACAACGUAGAAGAAAUGGGGCAAAAGAUAAUUUUACCUGCCACCUUCACUGGAGGUCCUAGAUAUAUGCAUUCUCGCACACAGGACGCCUUUUGCUAUGUUCGGAAGUUUGGUCGUCCAGAACUUUUCAUAACAAUGACAACAAAUCCAAAAUGGAUAGAAAUCACGAGUGUAAUUGGAGAAAGGCAGUCUGCUCACAACCGGUAUGAUGUGGUAUCACGAGUUUUUCAUUUGAAGCUUAACUGUAUGAUUGCUGUUCUUAUGAAAGGCCAGAUUUAUGGCUCAGUUCGCUGCUACAUGUACUCUGUUGAAUGGCAGAAACGUGGUCUUCCACACGCUCAUAUCCUGAUUUGGCUUGAAGAAUCCAUUCCUCCAAAUAGAAUAGAUCAAGUCAUUUCUGCAGAGCUUCCAAAUCCUGAAACUGAUCCUGAACUUGCAGAUAUAGUCAAGACUCACAUGCUGCACGGACCAUGCGGAGCUUUUAAUGUGCGACAGCGCAAGCUUCCGUGUAUGAAGGAUGGUCACUGUAGCAAAAGAUACCCUAGACCAUUUGUCAAUGAAACGGCAACAGGAGACAAUGGAUACCCAACAUACAGAAGGCGCUCCCCAGAUGAUGGAGGCCAUCAUGUCCUAAUCAGAGUAGGUAACGAUGAAAUCCCUAUGGACAACCGAUGGGUAGUACCUUACUCGCCUGUAUUGUCCCGAACAUUUCUAACACAUGUUAACGUUGAGUACUGUAGCAGUGUAAAAUCUAUAAAGUACAUCUGCAAGUACAUAAACAAGGGCAGUGACCAGGCCACAUUUGCAGUAAGUAAUGACACAGACGAAAUUAAAAUGUACCAAAGUGGUCGGUAUAUAUGCACAUCUGAGGCGGUAUGGAGAAUUUUAUCAUUUCCUAUACAUGAGAGGUUUCCCGCUGUGUUGCAUUUAGAGGUCCACCUUCCAAAUGAGCAAAGAGUAUAUUUCCAGCCAGGCAAUGUUCGGGAAAGAAUGGACCAAAGUACAACUCUUUUGGCCUUCUUCAAUCUCUGCCAGACGGACGCCUUUUCAAGAACCCUCCUCUACAACGAGUUGCCCUAUUAUUACACAUACUCUAAACAAAGAGGUUGGUCCAGGAGGCGGAGAGGACAACCAGUACCAGGACAUCCUGACGUGAGACAAGAUCCGUGCAUCGGUAGGGUGUACACUGUCCAUCCAAGCUGCAGUGAGCGUUACCAUCUCCUUAAUAGUCUGGGACGAGUGUACGAUGUCCAAUAA